AGUUUCCUUCUCCAGACUUCCUGCCCAAACUGUCCGAAUCAGCUGCCCCUCAGAAGCAGCGUACCAGUCUCCAGCACCAUGAACACCCAGGCUGGAAUGCAAGACAGCCUUGAGACUUACUUCGAAAGGAGUGUGGAAAUUGAGAUAACCAACGAAUCACGGGAUGUGACCCUCCAUUCCCCCAGGAGUUACUGCUUCAGCGGCCACAGCCUCCUACCUCCUUCCCCCCGAAUCCCGCCAGGAUCCAAGGAGAGCUGUCUGUUCACAAAGGGACAGUACAGCUUUCGUGGGAGCGUGGGGCUGCUGGUGUACAACUCAGAUGCCUUCACCCUUGCCAUCAUGUUCUCCAACCCCUUUGACUACAACCUCUACUGUGUUGAGUUUGGCCUCGAGAUCUGCCCAGGCAAAGAGCACCUUGGUGACAUGGAGGAAGUCUAUGCAAGGAUGUACAAUUAUAUGCCUGCCAACAGCUGCACAACAUUCAAGAAAGCCAAGCUGGGCCAAUGCCAGGAAGCGCUUGUGGUCACUGCAGGGAAUAUCCGUGUCAUGGCCACCAUGUCCAAUGCUGCCAAAGCAGUCAUUAAAGUGCUUGUGGAGGAAAAAGGGAACCCACCUCCCUACUCAAAGAACCCAAUUUACUACAAGACACACUCCUAGAUUAAGGGCUGCUGCUACCACUGACAUCCAGCCUAAGACAUGAAAUGACUCCUCAUGGGCCUGAUCUACAGGAAGAAAUAACCCACUACUGUGUAGACACCAGCUAGUGCAGGAACCUGCCUAGAGACAGAACUGGCCCCCAAUUAUCAUAGUGCUUGGAAAGAGCAUAGACACUGCAAGAGGUGUCUAAGGCCAGAAGGGACCAUUGUGAUCAGUUAGUCAUAUAUCCUGUAUAAUACAGUUCAGAAAACUCCCCUCAGAUAAUUCCUCUUGAACUAGAGCAUCUCUAAUAAAAUAAAUAAUGUCUCAAAGACAAUCUUGUGACCCUGGCUUUGAAUUGGCUCCAUGUUGUUCACAUUGUGUUAGCCGCAGGUGAGAAAGUGAAUUCAUAACAGGCAUAAAUAAUGUCUGAUUCUUUCCUCAUCUAUUGCCCUUUUAGAAUGGUGUAAACUGAUUGCAGGCAGUAGGUGACUCUGAAUUGCCCCCUGGGAACUGAGAUCAGAAUCUGGCCCUGACCCCAUUUCAGGCAGUGGGUGACUCCAGAUUUACCCCGAGGGAACUGAGAUCUGAAUAUGGCCCAGUACGGAAUCAAUAACAUUUUCAUUCUAGGUUCCAUUUAUUUCAGACUAAGGAAAAAAUAACAAAGAAUAAAUAUAAAAUCCCAUGUGAGAACUGGAUCAAAGUGACUCUAUGUAACAUGCUCCCUCUUGAGCUACCCACUCCAUGGGCUGGAGAUGUCUCCCAGCAGUGCUCUGCAGCAGCCAGAUGCCUAAAGAAGCAGGACACAGAAAAGAGAUUGACAAUGUCUUCUUCCAGUUACACAGCAAGAUGCAUUACAGAAAUUCAUUAGAAUGUAAAAACCUGCAAGCAAUGAAGGGAGCUCGCCAGUUACAAGAAGAAACAAGCUCCUGUGGCUUUGUAGAGUAGCAUGGCUAGAGUUCCAGAGAGAUGUGCCUUGAAAGCAGAAUAUAGAGUAGGGGUGGGCAAACUUUUUGGCCCGAGGGUCACAUUGGGGUUGCAAAACUGUAUGGAGG